AUGGGCUCCGUUAUCGUCAACCACGUGCCGCCGGAGUAUAUCGACAGCCAUUACAAGAUGGUAGGAGGGACGACCAACCCCUCUGAUUCCGUCUAUCGCCAUUCGCCGCACUCUUCGCAGACGCCGCUGCAGACUGCCCGCUCCAGGUCCGCCUCCUCUACCACCACCCCCACCUCGAUCAACGCCCCGCCGUCAACGUCCACUGUGGGCUCUGGUCGAAUUCCUGCGCAGUCGCAGAAUGAUUUGCCUGCCUACAUUAAUCAACAGACCCCUCCCGACGCUCUCGCACAGCCCACAUCAAACACCUCGUUCCAUCCACCUGCCUCGUCCAUGACCUCGACUCAGUCCGCUUAUGCCUACCCUUCACAUCCUUCCUCCUCCUCGACGUACGCCGCACAGCCUUCCCAGAGCAGCAGCUACGCGACCAGCAUGCCAGAUCCUAUGAAUACCGAGCCUGAUGGCGGGGUGCAGCCGUCACCGGCGUCACCCCGUUUACAGCCGAUGCGGUCACUCGCGGGCUCCGAGGCCAAUUCUCCAUCAAGUCGCAUCAGAGUGCGCAGUCUGUCACAUAUCCAAAGCCUUGCUAGCGAUGAGUUCCUGGCGCAAUCUUCUCGAUCUCAGGUUUCAGGAGAAGCAUCGCAGGACCGGCAGUUCGAGAUCAGCUCGAUGCCGGUUACGGACAUCAUCGAAAUGGUGGCAGGCCUUCUCACCAAGAUCACCACGACCAACGAUGUGCACCAUGAACGUGUCCAUCGCCAUAUUCCUUUACCAGACGGGACUAGCAGCCUCACUCCGCAGGCCACGAGUGUGCUCGCGUUCCAUGGCAAGAAUGUCCCCAGCAUCACCAUCCUCAGCUAUCUCACCCGCAUCCACAAAUAUUGCCCGACCACGUACGAAGUAUUCCUGAGCUUGCUGGUCUAUUUUGACCGCAUGACCGAGCUUGUCAACCGCGGAAAGCUCAAGUUGGUCCAACGUGAUUGGGAACCUACUGCCCACGCCGAUUCUCCUUCCGCUACCGUCCAGGCGCUGGAGAGGGCGGCUGCCCGCCAGACACAGCCAGCUGCUAUUGUGACACCGCCCUCGUCGACGAGAAUGGCGCCCUCAGACCCCAACAGUCCGUCUAUAUCGCCUGCCCUCUAUCCCCAAGGGGAGGACGAGAACUUUUCCCAUUUCUUCGUGGUCGAUAGUUUUAAUAUUCAUCGGCUGGUCAUCGCGGGCGUGACCUGUGCCAGUAAAUUCUUCUCCGAUGUGUUUUAUACCAAUUCCCGAUAUGCAAAGGUCGGCGGCCUUCCGCUGGUGGAGCUCAACCACCUUGAACUCCAGUUCCUCCUGCUCAACGACUUCCGCCUCGCAAUCCCCGUCGAGGAGCUUGAAGCUUACGGCACGAUGCUCGUGGAGUUUUACGCGCGUGAGGUUCUUACGCAACAGCAGCAGCAGCAACGACCCAUGGACUCCUCGACGGCCUCGACCACAGCGACGACCGAUUCCUCAGAUGCAAUGUACAUGCGAUCUUCCGACAAACCACCACGCAGCCAUCCGGGCGUCGGCCAGACCCCCACUCCGCCCUAG